AUGUCUUUGCUACGCUAUGAUCCAGAGUUCUAUGAGGAGGGAGCGGCCGCGAUGAACGCUCAAUUGCCUGUAUUCCCAGUGGGCGAUGUGGAGAGUCGAAGAACCCGUAUCGAAGAAUUUAUCCGUGGAGCAGGUGGAUUGCCGCCUCUUCCCGAAAACGUGACGAAGCAAGUUCAUCACGCUCAAGCACAGGAUGGAUAUCAGGUUCAGGUUUUGCACUUUCGAAGGGCGAGUGUAGCUUCGGCACCAGGGCCGGCUAUUGUCCACAUACAUGGUGGCGGAUAUACCUGCUCGAGCGCUGGAGACUACUCCCCAACACUUGGAUCCUACGUGUCUGAAACCGGUGUUCCAAUGUUGUCGAUAGACUACCGUCUCGCCCCAGAACAUCAGUUUCCAGUGCCCCUUGAAGAUUGCUGGUCUGCGCUGCUAUGGAUACAAGCUCAUGCUACUCAGCUCAACAUAGAUCCGAACCGUCUUGCCAUUAUGGGCGAGAGCGCCGGCGGCGGUCUGGCUGCGGCCAUUGCUCUCCUCGCGAGAGACAGAAAGAUGGACCCUCCCUUGGCCAAGCAGAUCCUCAUAUACCCGAUGCUCGACGACCGAACAGCAAAAGACCACACAGGAGGCCUCGCUGUGUUCGGUAUUGAGGAUGUGCUGACUGGGUGGGCUGCCUACCUGGGUGAUAUCUACAACACCGAUAAAGUGACUCCUUAUGCGGCACCAGGUCGUUUACAAGAUGUCACCGGCCUCCCACCUCUAUACCUGGACUGCGGUGGCUUGGACAUGUUUGCUCGCGAGAAUAUCUCCUUCGCACAUCGAUUUAUAGAGGCCAAUAUACCUCUCGAACUACAUAUAUACGAGGGUUGUAAAAAGGGCGUUUGCGAACCGCCUGGCAGCAUGCAAGAGCUUCUAGACUUUGCGCUAUGA